AUGACAAGUAGCAACAUGGUUCCUUUCCAAGUCCCUAUGCUCACCAAGAGCAACUAUGAUAAUUGGAGCAUCAAGAUGAAGGCCCUCCUUGGAUCACAAGAUGUGUGGGAAGUGGUAGAGAAAGGCUAUGAUGAGCCAAAAGAAGGAGUCACUCUAUCCCAAACUCAAAGGGAUAGCUUUAAGGAUUCAAGAAAGAGAGACAAGAAAGCUCUCUAUCUCAUCUAUCAAGGAUUGGAUGAAGAUGCCUUUGAGAAGAUUUCGGAGGCAACCACCGCAAAGGAAGCAUGGGAGAAGCUACAAACUUCUUACAAGGGUGCUGAGCCGGUCAAGAAGGUACAUCUUCAAACUUUAAGAAGUGAGUUUGAAACUUUACACAUGAAAGAUGCCGAAAACUCGAAAUUCGAUCAUAUUGUCACUGUCAUAGAAGAAACAAAAGAUUUGGAAGCUAUGACAAUAGAGCAACUCUUAGGUUCCUUACACGCAUAUGAGGAGAAACAAAAGAAAAAGCAAGGGGUUGGUGAACAAUUACUCAAGACACAACUCAACUUCAAAGGAAAGGAAGAAGACUUUGGCAACACAAGAGGACGAGGAGGAUAUCGUGGUCGAGGAAGAGGUCGUGGACGUGGAAGAAUAGGCUUCAACAACAACUAUUCCCAUGAAGAUCGAGGAGAAAGCUCAACAAGAGGUCGUGGAAGAGGUGGCUUCCAACCAAGGCAUGACAAAUCUCAAAUCAAGUGCUAUAACUGUCAAAGGUUCGGUCAUUAUGCUUAUGAAUGUAGAACUCCUGCAAGAAAAAUUGAGGAGAAGGGGAACUAUAUGGAGGAAAAUAAUCAAGAAGAUAGCACUCUGUUAAUGGUACGCAAUGACAAUGUAGGAAAACAAGAGAAUACAUGGUAUCAAGGAUGGAUAUGGUCCAAUCUUGAUGCAAGUUGGAAGGACUUUGAUAAGGCGUUUAAAGCAAAAUAUCUACAUGAAGUUUGUUUUAUUGAUGAUGACACAGAAUCAAGCAAUCUAGAAUCAGAAUUCGAUACCCAAAAUGAAUUGGAGUUAGAGAAAUCAGAGACUAUAGAAGAAGAAGAAGAACGUCAAGAAGAAACUGAAGCUGAUAAUAUUGACGAUAUGGAAAAAGAUACAGAAGCUGCUGAGUGGAUAAAUAAAUCCGAUUUGAUGAAAGAACAUGAAGAAAAAAGAGGAGGAGAAGGUGACAGCGAGCGUAGUGGUGAUCCUGACGAUGUCGAUCAUGAUGAUGAGGAAUGUGAGGAAGAAGAGGAGAAUGAAGCAGUACUAACACUACCAGAAUCAAAGAUAGAACCCCAAAGAAAUUUCAUAUUGGAUGAAACAAUGACAACCAAGAAAAAACAUAUAGCAACUGAAGAAAUGAAAGUUGAAGGCGUAUUCUUUAGAAAUGUUGAUGACUCAGAAGGGCAGACAGUUCAAGAUGAAAAUGAUCAAACUCUGCCACCAAGUCCUACUCCAACAACUCUUGCAUCUACACCAUCAACAGGAAGAAGCAACAACAACAAAGAAAUUAAACUAAAAGUGAAGCCAAGGAGCAGUAGCAAGAAGUCAGGAGGAGUACCAACAAAGAAGAUAAACAAAGGAGAAAUAAUUCCAAUAAAAGAAAAACAAACUCUCAUUGAUGUGCCAGAAAAGCAAAAGAAAGAAGAUAUUUUGGAGAAUGAGCAAAGGGAAAAACCAAGGAUUACUUGGUCAAAUCUAGCAGAGAUCGUUUAUGUACCGGAGACGCCACAAACACCGAUAAAGAUUGUUUAUCUUCGACCAAUCCCAAAGCCACCGGACAAAUGUGUUCCACAUAAUAUGAUUGGUUUACAAAAUCAAGUUUAA